AUGACUUCUGCUACUGCUGGUAAACCUAUUGAGUGUGUUGCUGCUGUUGCCUAUGAAGCUGGCAAGCCUUUAACUGUGGAGAAAAUUAUCGUUGAUGCUCCAAAGGCCCAUGAAGUGCGUGUUCAAGUGACUCAUACAGCUGUAUGUCACACUGAUGCUUACACUCUGUCUGGUGUCGAUCCAGAAGGUGCGUUCCCAAGUAUCUUGGGUCAUGAGGGUGCUGGUAUCGUUGAAUCGGUUGGUGACGGAGUCACCAACGUUAAGGUCGGUGAUCACGUGGUCUUAUUGUAUACUGCGGAAUGUGGUAAGUGUAAGUUCUGUAAGAGUAACAAGACCAACUUGUGUGGUUCUGUGAGGGCCACCCAGGGUAAAGGUGUGAUGCCAGAUGGUACCACUCGUUUCCAUAAUUUGAAGGGUGAACCUUUGUUGCAUUUCAUGGGUUGCUCCACUUUCUCACAGUAUACCGUUGUUGCAGAUGUUUCAUUGGUGACAAUUGAUCCAAGUGCUCCGUUAUCCAGCGUGUGUUUGUUGGGUUGUGGUGUCACCACUGGUUAUGGUGCUGCUGUUAAGACUGCUAACGUUCAAGAAGGCGAUACCGUUGCUGUGUUUGGUGCUGGUACUGUUGGUUUGUCAGUGGUUCAAGGUGCCAAAUCCAGAGGUGCUUCCAAGAUCAUCGUUGUCGAUGUCAACGAUCAAAAGAAGCAAUGGUCUAUGGAUUUUGGUGCGACUGGUUUCGUUAACCCACUGAAGGACUUGAAAGAGGGAGAAACUAUCGUUUCAAAAUUGAUUGAUAUGACCGAUGGUGGGUUGGAUUUCACCUUCGAUUGUACCGGUAACGUUAAAGUGAUGAGAGAUGCUUUGGAAGCAUGUCAUAAAGGUUGGGGUCAAUCAAUCAUUAUCGGUGUCGCUGCAGCUGGUGAGGAAAUUUCUACUAGACCUUUCCAAUUGAUCACCGGUAGAGUGUGGAAGGGUUCUGCAUUUGGUGGUAUCAAGGGUAGAUCAGAGAUGGGUCAAUUGGUGACUAGUUACCAAAAGGGUGAUUUGAAAGUCGACGAUUUCAUUACUCACAAAAGACCGUUCACUGAAAUCAACAACGCCUUUGAAGAUUUGCAUCAUGGUGACUGUUUGAGAACAGUUCUAGACUUGGCUAACUGA